CCACUCACCUUUACUUUACUGCUUCCUCCCCCUUUGCUCUCUCUCUCUCUCUCUCUCCCACAGAAAAAGCAUCGAUGGCUUCUCAUCAACCCUCUUCGCUGCCUCUUCUACUCCUUACCCUCUUGGCUCUGCUAAUCUCACCGGCCCAGUCCCUUACCUGCACCUCCCAGACCUUCACCAACAAUAACCUCUAUACUCGCUGCGUGGACCUCACCCAGCUCACCGCCUACCUCCACUGGACCCUCGACCAGGCCAACUCGUCCCUCUCCAUCGCCUUCAUCGCCCCUCCUGCCAAGUCCGAUGGCUGGGUCGCCUGGGCCAUAAACCCAACCGCGACGGGCAUGAAGGGUUCCCAGGCCCUCGUCGCUUUCCAAUCCGACGGCGCCAUGACCGUGAAAACCUACAACAUCAGCGCCAUUGGGCCCAUCACGGAGUCCAAGCUCUCCUUCGAGGUGUGGGACCUGAGCGCCGAGCAGUCCGACGGUGUCAUGAGGAUCUUCGCCAAAGUGAAGGUCCCGGAGAACGCCGUGACGGUUAACCAGGUUUGGCAGGUGGGGUCCUCCGUCACCAGUGGCGUGCCGGACUCGCAUGCCAUGCAGGCGGCCAACUUGAACUCCAAGUCGACCUUGAACUUUAAUAGUGGACAGACUGAAACCACCGGAGGGGGCUCUAGGACCAAGAAGAAGAAUAUUCAUGGGGUACUGAAUGUUGUGAGUUGGGGCAUUCUGUUUCCCACGGGAGCUAUCAUUGCGAGGUACCUGAGGACCUUUGAGUCUGCUGAUCCGGCAUGGUUCUAUCUUCAUGUUUUCUGCCAAGUAUCUGCUUAUGCCAUUGGGGUGGCUGGCUGGGGGACUGGCCUUAAGCUCGGAAGUGAUUCGCCGGGAAUCCAGUUCACCGGUCACCGCAACAUCGGAAUUGCCCUGUUUUGCCUUGCCACGGUGCAGAUAUUUGCUUUAUUCUUACGCCCAAAGAAGGACCACAAAUACCGAUUCUAUUGGAAUAUCUACCACCAUGCACUCGGAUAUGCCAUACUUGUCCUUGGCAUCCUCAACAUUUUCAAAGGCUAUGACAUAUUGCUUCCUGCAAAGAAGUGGAAAUCAGCCUACAUAAUUGUGAUCAUUGUAUUGGGUGCGAUUGCCUUGUUGUUGGAAGCCAUUACUUGGAUUGUAGUGUUGAGGAGGAAAUCCAGCAAGUCCACCAAGCCCUAUGAUGGAGGAUUCAACAAUGGAGAAGGCAGGCAAUAGUUGGUUUGCUUGAGAUUUGGAGGUUUAUCCACGGCAGCUCAUCUCUUUCUGUUCUGAACUUUUCUUCGGCUUGUGUAUAAUGGCUUGAUUUUCCAGUAGCAUUAAUUAUUGUGUAUUAUAUAUUAUAUACAUAGAGAUUGUUCAAUGUUUCACUUAUUUCUCUCUA